AUGGCUCCCUCCAUCGACGAAACCAAGGCUACCACAAACAGCAAGAUAGAAAACCCACCUCAAGUACAAGUCCUGGGCAAGACCAAGACCGGCAAAACGUUGAAGAUCCGGAAAUAUCCCCGGUUUGACAAUUUAGAAGACGAACGACUCUAUCGUAAACAGCAUCUCGCCGCUGCAUUCCGAAUUUUUGCGGAUCGGGGAUUCGACGAGGGUGUUGCCGGCCAUAUUUCCGUUCGAGAUCCGAUUCUGACUGAUCAUUUCUGGAUCAGCCCCCUCUCCGCCCACUUCUCCCUCAUCAAAGUAUCCGAUCUCAUCCUGGUCGACGAGGAUGGAAAUGUCGUCGAAGGCGAUGAGCCCAUCAAUCUGCCCGCUUUUGCCAUCCAUUCUGAAAUCCACAAAGCCCGACCAGACGUGAAUGCAGCCUGCCACGCUCACAGUGUCGCCGGCAAGGCCUUUUCCUGCUUCGGACGGGAGUUAGACAUGAUCACGCAAGACGCCCUACGUUUCUACAAAAGCCACGCUGUCUACCGCGCGUUCCGGGGCGUGAUUAUCGACGCAGAAGAAGGACGGCGAAUUGCUAGUGCACUGGGAAAUGGGAAAGCUGCUAUUCUGCAGAACCAUGGGCUUCUCACGGUGGGAGGCAGCGUCGAUGAAGCAGCGUUUUGGUUCAUCAGUCUGGACAAGACGUGUCAUGCACAGUUGCUUGCGGAUGCUGCGUCUGCUGGUAGUGGAUAUAAGAAGAUCAUCAUCGAUGAAGAUGAAGCUGCCCACACGGCGAUUCAGGUUGGGGGACCGGAGAAGGGAUGGCUGGCUUUUCAGCCGUAUUACGAUGAACAGGUGGCGAAAACAAAGGGUGAAUUUCUUUUGUAGAUAUUAUCUAUACUAGAAGAUGGCAAAUGCGUUGGGGGGACUUGCGACUCCUCCAAUGACCUAUAUUCAUUAGCUAGAUUCGGUACAUUAUGCAUGAGUCUUACCUUUAGUGGCAUACUGGAUAGAAAGAAUGAAUAUCUCCCUGUCUCCUUGCAAUGUUGCGAUAGCCUCUCCAGAUCGAACAGUUCACCAAUCGGACAUCCCCAGCCAGCCAACACCCAUUCAUGAAGAUUAUAUCGAGGAUCCGCAUGGCUGCCUCGAAUCGGCGCUCGUUCAAAACUUGUCGAAUCUCCCGCGAUGGCAGCAAAUUGAUGCCCCCACAGCCAACGAAGCGUCUCUUCCGUUGCCUCUACAC